GGGAGGCGAUGGGCGGCUGAGGUGGACGCGCCGGGGGAGGCGAAGCGGCUGCGGAGUUGGGAAGCGCGCCUUAGAUCCGAGGGGGAGAAAGAGAGAGAGAGAGGAAAGAUACACAGAGACACGCGCGGCGGGUUCCCACCCACCCUUCAGGGAAAGAGAAGCACGAGGAGCCCGCAGUCAUCGCUGCCCUGAAGGAAAGUGUUUUUGUUUUGUCUGCCCUGCCCCCGCCCCGAAAAGAAAGGUCAUGCGGGCACCAAGCUUGUAGAAAUAUAAUCAUUAUUAUUAUUACCCUCGCGCCUCCGGAGAAGAUGGAUUUCCUAGGCGGAGUAAUGCAGCACAAAAGCAUAACGCUGAUCGUAUUCCUGGAGUAUAUUAUUUCAGGCCAUCCUGGAGCAGAUUCAGCGAAGCUGCGAGCCUUCCGAUGCGAUGGGCACUCCUGCAAUCCUGCCGUGGGGAACCUGGCGACUGGAAGAACGCCGGUCACGCUUACCACCUGCGGUCAGAACAGCACAGAACUUUACUGCUUUUACCCAGACCACCAUCUUCUCCACCACCACCAUGGCCUCCAAGGGUGUGGGCAGCCUAGGUGUACCAAGUGCAACGCCAACCAGCCUGAUAACUCUCACCUUCCUUCCGCUAUGACGGACGACUUCUUCCUAAACCCCACCUCCUGGUGGCAGUCUGCGCAAGGGGUGCACAGGGAGGAGAUCCGGCUGGAUUUGGAGACGGAGUUCUACCUGACCCACGUCAUAGUGGUGUUCAAGUCACCUCGCCCAGCGGCCAUGGUACUGGAGAGGUCGCAGGACUAUGGGCAGACGUGGAGGCCGUACAAAUAUUUCUCUGCCAACUGUACAGCCACUUUUGGGCUCCCAGACGAUGCCACCGAGGAAGGAUCUCUCUGUACCUCCAGGUAUUCUGACGUGAUGCCUUGCACUAGAGGAGAGGUGAUCUUUCGUGCCUUAACUCCUGCUAACAAGAUUGAAGACCCAUACGGUCCUGAAGCACAAGACCUCAUGAAACUCACCAAUCUGCGGCUCCUCUUAUUAAAGAGACAAGAGUGUCCUUGCCAAGGCUCAGGGCUUCUGGAGAAGCCCCACAGAUUCUCCCAUUAUGCCAUCUAUGACCUAAUUGUCCGAGGCAGCUGCUUUUGCAAUGGCCAUGCGGAAGAAUGCCAUCUUGCCAAUGGGACGGUUGUUGUGGACAACAUGGUCCAUGGGAAGUGCAUGUGCAGACAUAACACUGCAGGACAGCAUUGUGAGAGGUGCGCGCCACUGUACAAUGACCAGCCAUGGGAGCCAGGCGAUGGAAAAACGGGGACACCAAAUGAAUGCAGAAAGUGUCGCUGUCACAGUCAUGCUGAGAGCUGCCAUUUUGACCUGAGCGUCUGGUUGGCAUCAGGAAAGCAGAGUGGAGGUGUCUGUGACAACUGCAAGCACAACACAGAGGGCUACCGGUGUCAAAGGUGCAAGCCUGGUUUUUACAGAGACAAAGGGAAACCCAUGUCUUCGCCGGAGAUUUGCAAACCUUGCUCCUGCCACCUCAUGGGCUCAGUGAACACGACUUUCAACCAGAGCUGGAAAUGCCACCCAAAGACAGGAUUCUGCUUCUGCAAAUCAGGUGUUGCAGGCCCCAAAUGCGACCGGUGCCUCUUGGGCUAUUGGGGAUUUGGAGAGAAUGGCUGCCAGCCUUGCGACUGUGCCAGAGACUGUGACAAGCACACUGGAGAAUGCCUCAGCAAUUACGACAACCAGGCUUUUUUCAAUAUCCCCAUUGGUGGAAGAAUCCCUGACCUUAUUCAAACACCAGCCAAUGAAACUGAAGAUGAGUGGCAGUGGAAUGACCAUGAGCAAGGGUUUUCUGCACUAAGACAUCCAGAAAAGUGUGUCUGCAAAGAAAGGAUACUAGGAAGCGUCACCAAUUUCUGCCAGAUGAAAUAUGCUUACGUAAUAAAAGCAAAGAUCCUCUCCGCUCAUGACAAAGGAACCCAUGCAGAAGUCAUUGUGAAGGUCAAGAAGGUUCUGAAAUCGGGAAGAGUGAAAAUCACGAGGAGUAACAGAAGCAUCUAUCCUGAGUCUUGGACCAACAGAGGGUGCACAUGCCCAAUUCUUAAUCCUGGUGUAGACUAUCUGAUAGCAGGACAGGAAGACACACGGACUAACAAACUUCUCGUGAACAUGAACAGCCUGGUGAAGCCCUGGAAAGCUCACUGGGGGAAACUAGUCGCAGACAUGCUUCGAACUGGAUGCAAAUAAUACCUUCUUUCAAAGCACAAGCCACAGACUUUACAUAUGUUAGUAAUAUUGCAGUGAAAGGC